AUGCAGGUUGCUACAUGGAGUUAUGAAAACCCGCUUCUGGCCGCCUGUGCUGUGGGAGUGGUUACUGGUGUUGCCGUUGUUGCUGCUCCUGGUCUGGCAACAGCCCCAGUCCUAUCCACUCUGGGGUUCACGGCAAGCGGUGUCAAGGCAGGGUCGCUGGCUGCCGCCGUCCACAGCACAAUCGGGAAUGCUGUCGCUGGGAGUGCCCUGGCUAUAUCGCAGAGUGCUGGGGCGGGGGGAGCUGGUCUUGCCGUCAUAAAUGGAGCUGCACAGGUUGGAGGGGCUGCGAUGAGUAUUGGGAGCGUUGGGCUGGCUUGGGCCAAGUCUAAACUUUGA